CGGACUGCUGCCAAGACUAUUAGUACUAGCGCCUACUGCUUCGACCGUUUUGGAAUUGGUUGAGGAUGGUGCCAGGAUGCCUCAACAUGGACCAUCGAAGAUAAAUAUUGUAUUUGCUCUCAGUCUCGUUCUUCCGCUCGCCAUUUCUUUCUUGAAUCCUACCUGGAGGUUUACUCAAUUUACACCUCGACAACUCAUCUACGGGAAAGACCUUCUGCCAUUCAUUACUGCAUUUUGGGCCUUGCCAACGCAUACACUUGGUCAACUUUCGCGCCUUCUUCAAGCCGCCAUAGUAGCAUGCUUCCCGCAGGUAUUGGCGGUUCAUAUUUUCGCCUUUUGGUUCAUCAUUCCUUUCGCGAGAACGCUUUCCGGCUUUCUGCUUUCUCGUAGCGUAGGAUGGGCCUACCCCCGACUAUUCAACCACUGGGCUGGCAUCGGUCCUGCACUCGCAGCAUACCUCAUAAUGUAUGGUGCUGAGUCAUGGACAAAUCCUCGAAUUCAGAAGUCUCGCAACGAUACUAUGGAAUCCUUGGUGAUAAUAUGCACGGGUUUGACCCUAUGCUGGCUUGACAGUGCGCCGUGGACAUAUGCCAUGGCCUCCGUAGCCUCCGUAGUGCUAUGGCCUGUUCAGGUCACGAAUAAAUCGUAUCUGCGAUACCAUCCCUACCACCCUAUGGCGCUGGACGUGCGACGGUUGCGCAUAGUCAUGCAGACUGCGAUACUCUUCUUGCUCCUCAUACCCUUACAUGUCAUUCUUACCACCAUGCUCCCGAGCAAGAUAGUAUUACGUAUGCCCACUUCUCCUCAUGGAACACAGCCCUUUUUGGAGAUUCUCAUUCUCUCCUAUCCCCGUCCGGGUGAUGCAGCUUCGUCCGACUCACUGCUGUCGCAAACAAUCUCCUCAUACCUCCCUUAUGCCGAAUCAAACACGGUGCUCUCUGUGUUCACGCAUGCCACUACACACGUGUCAUUCACUCACGCGAAGGAGCAUUAUGCUCAAGCGCCCAUUACAUUCUAUACAGACACGGACAUGCAUGCGGACUCAUAUUCAAAUCAGCAUUUACAUGUCGCAGAAGCUUUCCGGUGGGCUUCUGAAAAGGGUCCAUCUCAAGCAGAAUGGGUCAUGCUUGUGGAAGAUGAUUUUCCGGUAUGCGGUGAGUGGGGAUGGCGAGGCAUCCUUGGCGUGAUGAACGAACUCCAGCGUGAUGGAAAAUAUGGAGGAUUUGUUGGAACCGGUGGCAGUGGUUUAAUCAUUCACCGUACCCUGUUGCCCAUCCUCACGUACAUAUUGCGUGCACAUGCUCUGCAGCACUCCCCCCUCCCGCCCUCUGUGGGACAUCGGCCUGCAGACCUCAUCAUACAAGACUGCCUUUUUGGAGCGGACCUGUUAUGUCCGCACAACACCAAGGAACCCACACUUGUCAUUUCGUCUCGUCUCGUCAUGGAUCAUAUAGGCGGGAGUGCCAGCACCAUGAAAGGUCGCAUGUACGCUGCUGAAAAGUGGAGAUGCGGUUGGAGGCAUCCGUUUCAUGGUUUCAUGGAGGUGGAUGUUGUACCGGUUUGAUAUGGCGCUAUCUAUUAUCUAAUGUCAUGAUGGAAUGUUGAUAAUUGUAUAGAUCUGAAUAUUUCGCUUUAAUUUCAUUGAUACAGCAACGUGAUGAUGGUGC